CUUGAUAUUUUUACAAUUUUUAUCUCACCCGGGAGGCACAUGUGACGAGUCCUUGGAAAUUUAUUUGAUUGUAUACAUAGAAUCAUAUUAUCUGUUUGACACUAUACAACAGGCAACAGCUAACAGCUUACAAGUAGAAGUUAGACCUACUGGGCUGGGCUGUCUGGAGUGGACAGUGGCCACUUAUUUUAGUACUCGUUUAUAUUUUGUAUGUUAGCCUGUGGUGUGUGUACUAUUUUCGUCAAUAGUGAGUAGUUUGUGUUUCUAGUUGGCGUUUGAUGCAUUUAAGAAUGUCAUCACUGUACCAGAAUUAUUACUUCUAAAACGCCGGUGUUGUUUGUCAGAUGCAAAUACACUUUGUCAGACUAUGGCUAAACCAUUUUGAGAAACAACGCUCGGGAGGGGGAGGGUUUCUCUAUGCUUAUAGUAUUAAUUAUAUUUCGUAUGCAUACCAUUUAUUGUAAUAUUAUAAAUUUAAUUAUAGACUAUGGCACCGUUCAACGAUUCCCCGUUGAAAAACAAUUUAAUUUUAGCUAUGAACAACCCUACAAAUAUAUUGUACACUGACGAUAUUGUGACCAUAAUUGCUGACUUAUUCCCUAAAUCUAUUCACCACUAUCUGGUGUUGCCUAAAGACAAUAUACAGGAUGUUAGGAGCCUCAAACAACAUCACAUUCCCACUCUGAUCUAUAUGGAACUUAAAGGUUUGGAAUUCGUUAUGCGUGUUACUGGGAUGACACCACAUAAAUUCCAAGUUGGAUAUCACGCUUAUCCAUCAAUGAAUAGGUUACAUCUCCAUGUUUUAAGCAAAGACUUCCAAGGACCACACAUGAAAGCGCCAUAUCAAUGGAACUCAUUUCAUACUGAAUUUUUUAUACCUACUUAUAAGAUAAUUUCCGAAUUACAAUUGACAGGACGACUAACACUGCCUCCUAAGAAGUGUUUACAUCAAAAUCUUCGAUGCAAUAUGUGUAAUUAUAGCUGUAGUGAUUUACAAAAUUUGAGAUUGCAUUCCGUUAUAUAUCACAAUAAACAAACAAGGUGUUAAUUUCUUUUAUAUUUGUUUUACUAAUUCUUAUUAUUA